UGCCCUCAUCCUGGGCUCUUGCUGUGCUGUGUUCAUCUGACUGGCUCAUCUUAAGAAUGCUGACUUGCUGCCUCAGUGAUGCUAAGUAAAAAAUUAUACAGAUGGAUAGAAAAGAGUUCACAUCGGGAUGCUUCAGUUCCUUAAAACUUUUAGGUACUUGCAGCCCUGAUCUUCUCUGUAGAGAGUUGGCCAGAACCAAGAAUGAGGGAGUGAGGCUAGGGAGGUUAACAUUUACAGAGGAGAGCUUGUAGGUGGCUGUAAUAGCACUCUGUAGUACUGUGCAACAAACUGGUUCCUCUAGAGCAAGAAAGGUGUUGAAAAAGUAUUUUUGUCCUGUCAAUUUACAAAGUGCAGUAAAGUAUCAGGCCAAAAUCUGUGCCACCAUGUGCUGUUACCACCAAUGCCCUUCAGCAUCUUGUUCUAGAGUCUGUAGAUCAAAGGGAACAGUGGUAGGGCUGCACUUAUCCAUCAUCUGAUUUGGAAUAAAGCUUUGGAAGCAGUCCAGAUUUCAAAUUAAAUUUCAAAAUGGGUGGAACAAAAAUAAGCAAACUUUUACUGCACAAUGUAAUUAAUGUUCAGAUAAUACCCAGAAUUAUAGUAACAACACGAGUAACCACCUAACUUGAUGCAAAUACUGCUUUCCCAGCCAGGACAACAGCAACAGCAACAUGCUUGUAAAAGUGGUCCCUGACUAGCCUGUCAAAUCUGGUUAGUCUUAAGGCACUAUUUUAAUUAAACCUUCUUUGAGAAGGGGGUGAUGAAGUCUGGCUGGCAGCUUGUUCUUGUGUUCCUGUGUGUGGUGCUUAACAGUUUUGUUUGCUGACAAGUGCCUUGAAGUAAUAGUAACUGUCUUAAUAAGUGCAUACUCAGAGUGCGUCAGCAAGACCUGUGUGAUAUCAACUUAAAUGCUAUGUGAAUCUAAAGUGACUGGCUUUGGAAAUGAUCCAUUUAAUGACUAGCUUGCUGCUGAUGUGCCUUAGCUAGUUCUGUGUUUAAUUAAGGUGUUGCCUAUGGCAGAGGAAUUAUUUUUCCACUGAAUCUUGAAGUUAAUGCAGACACAAGGUCAGCAUUAGGAUUUUAUUACAGGAUUGGCAGCAAAAACAAGAUACAUAUACCUUAUGUGGGAUGAUGCUGAGACUAUGCAGCUCCAGAGUGAUGGGCUACUGCAAAACUCCUUGGAAGCUGGAUGGGCAGUUUUGGCUUGUUGGGAUUUAUACUCAUUGACACUCAUGUCCCUGGAGCAGUAACCUGUAGUAACUGGUGCUGCCUUGAGCAAACCUCCUUAUCAACUUAAGUUGGCAAAGUGAGGAGGUUACUUUCUCUAAUCAGAAGUUUUUUAAAUCCUCUAAAAAGGGAAUUGCUUUUCAGUAUGGUAGUAUAGUAGUAACUAGUAAAAGGAGCUUUGAGAAAUUAAAGUAAAUGUGUAGAGGCUUUGUCCUAAGUUCAGUGGAGAGUGGGCAGUACUUGUAUGCAGUGCCACAUUGUCUCCAGACAGAGGACUGGUUAGAAUGUGAAGGCUGUAUGAUUUUACAUGUCACCUGACAUUUGCACUAAAACCAAAUCCAGUUGAUGACUUAAUUGCUGCUCUCACACAGAGGAACUACGAACACAGCAGCUUGUCUGGAAGUGAAACCUGGGUCUGAAAGUGCAGCUGUUUCAUUUGCUGUUGUCUGCCGUCUGCGCACUGGGACUGGUUCUAAAUGGCUUCUAAGAAGUUGGGAUCCGAUUCUCAUGGGCCUUUCAGUUACCUUGAUGAUGUCCCAUUUAAGAUAGGAGACAAGUUCAAAACCCCAGCAAAGGUUGGACUGCCCAUUGGUUUCUGUCUGUCUGAUUCUUCUCAGCUUGUCAGAGAAGCCCAGUAUGACUUCUCACUGGAAAAGAAAACGAUUGAGUGGGCUGAAGACAUCAAAAAAAUUCAGGCUGCCCAGAGAGAAGCUGAACGCAAGGCAGAAGAAGCUCUAGCAAACUCAAAAGCAGCUCCAGAGGACAGCACCAGAAUGGGGUUCUCAGAGGGACCUUGUCCUGAAGCCAUGCCUCCUCCUAUUAACCCCAUCCUCGCUAGCCUGCAGCACAAUAACAUUCUGACUCCUACCCCAGCCAACACCAGCUCUGUGAAGCAAAAGGUCCUCAGUCCACCUCGACCAAAGGCAGAUUUCAACCCAGCUGAUUUUGAAUGUGAAGAAGACCCAUUUGACAAACUGGAAUUAAAAACUAUUGAUGAUAAGGAGGAAUUAAAAAAUAUCCUUGAAAUUCACGUUGGUACUACUGGGCCAAUUGUUGCCCAGCUGUUAGAUAAUACUUUGCCUAAAGGAGGAUCUGAGUCUGUGUUGCAAGAUGAGGAAGUUCUGGCAUCCAUAGAAAGGGCCACGUUGGACUUCAAACCCCUUCACAAACCCAAUGGCUUUAUCACUUUACCACAGUUGGGAAACUGUGAAAAGAUGUCCUUGUCUUCCAAAGUGUCCCUUUCCCCCAUCACUUCAGUGAGCAAUAUCAAAUCCCUGUCAUUCCCUAAGCUUGACUCCGAUGAGGGUGAUCAGAAAUCAUCAAGGCUCACAAGCACUUUCCACAGCACUACCUGUCUCCGCAACGGCACUUUGCUUAGCUCUUUGCAGACCUGUACUCAGAGUAAAGCCAGCGAACUGAAUGGACACCAUGUGCUUGGUCUUUCCGCUCUAAAUGAGGACAGUGGCAGGGAGACAUUAUCCUCUUCAUCCAGGCUGUCUUCUCUGGCUGUUUCGACUGUUUGUACAGAAGAAGAAUCAUCUCAAAACACAUCGACUACGCAGGUACACCCAGACUACCAGGAAACAGAAAUCCCUGUGGUAACACACCAAAACUUCGCAGUGUCUAAAGUGCCCAGUAACAGCAGCUGCACAAAGCGGCCGGGUGGUCUCACGGCCGAGCUGCAGCAGGGCCUCUCCCCCAGCGAGAGGCACUGUGUGGAGACCGUGGUCAACAUGGGCUACUCGCCUGAGAACGUCCUGAAAGCCAUGAAGAAGAAAGGACAGAACAUAGAUCAGGUUUUGGAUUACCUGUUUGCACAUGGACAGCUUUGUGAGAAGGGCUUUGAUCCACUUCUUGUUGAAGCAGCUUUGGAAAUGCACCAGUGUUCAGAGGAGAAGAUCACAGAACUUCUCCAGUUAAUGAGUCAAUUUAAAGAAAUGGGCUUUGAACUAAAAGACAUUAAGGAGGUCUUAUUAUUACACAACAACGACCAACACAAUGCUUUGGAAGAUCUAAUGGCCCGUGCAGGAGCCAGCUGAAGACACAUUCCUGGAUUCUUGGCGUGCAUUGGAGCAGGACCAGCCCCACCACCUUCGUAUCCAGUGUGACUUGCUCUCAGUGGGAAGGAGUCCAGCUUUUUGCAUAAAAGGGAGAAUGACUGAGCAAGCCUGCCUGCGUGCAUCACUCCAGCAUUUCUCUUUCCACUGAGGGCCAGCUUUCAUUCUUAAAUUAAAUUUUAAAGUGUCCUUUCCUAAGUUUCCUUUUUCCAGCUUGGCCACGGAAAGUUGAGACUGCCCAGCCUCGACUGGAAUUGUACAUAGGUAGAGUUGGAGUGGUUCCCCCUCAUUGUUGCACUGGAGUUGGACAGAAGAAUAUUAAGUUGGUUCUGAAACUAGGAUGCUUUGGUUCUUUGAAGCUGCUUUCAUGGUGUCUUGUCUGCUUGUACUGAAUUACUUGACUGUGUCACAGUCCGGAUUACCUGGUUAAAUUUGACCUUUAGUGCAAUGGAGUUUUAUUUUUUGGUUGAAAGUUAGUCUGUAACUUAGUAAAACACUGGUUCAGAAACUGUCACUAUGCAUAAAGAGAGAACCUUGUUUUGUCCUCUUGGUUUUUGUUUUUUACCCAUGCAUCCAACACUUCUGCCAGACACGAGUGUCCAGUGCUGAGUGGUAAGUUCUCUUGAAGCAGAUAAGCUGUGAACUCAACCUGGACCUGCAAUUGUUUUGGUUCUUGAACCUGAAGGCAGAGAGCUGGGGCUCAGUAUUUUCAAUCCCCUGGGCUUGUAGGAUAUUUAAGACAAUGCCCUGCUAGAAAGUCAGUUAUCUUUUUGUUCUAAAUAAUACACAGUGUGAUGCAGGAGGUUUCUUUCAAGCACUUUCUUUAAAACAAAUAUACUCACUGCAUUAGUUCCAUUUUUCACACUGCUAUAGAAUUACAUAAUAAUAACAUCUAGUACUACAAAUCAGGUUGGGGUUGUUUUUGAUAGUUCAAAGUAUUACAUUGUACAUUGAUCAAGUUCUGAAUACAUGAAAUAUCAGCAAUCUUGAGGAAUCUCUAAUUUGCUAAAUAUUUUGAUUCUGCAGAAGAACAACUAAUAAAACCCUGAAAUGUAACUCCCAGUGUCAUGGUUCCCAUCUCUCAUGCUCUUGGCUGUAUAGCAGAGGAGGAACUUGCUGGAUCCUGCCCACCCAGGUGCUGCCAGCUCCUAUGGGCACGUGUGAACACUGUUGGGCAGAACAAUCAGAGGUCCCUGGGCUGCAGCUGCAGUGGUGGAAGUUGCUGUGCUUCUCUGUGGCUUAUUUUUGUUUUAUGUAAAAAUCCCAGCCUAGGGAUCCAGACUCACAUUAGAGCCUGGAGCUGGAGCAUUGGACUGCUAGAGGGAAAAAUGUCUCAGCUCGUUGCAUCAACCUAUGUUUUUCAGUAGGAGGUUUCAGCUCAUCAGGACUCCAAAGGAGAUGGCAUUUGUCUCCAUUAUGUUGUUAACUUUCUAUGACCAAAACGUUUAAUUUGGGCCCAGUGUGCACUCCUGGAAUUCUCAGUGGGGUGCCCAACUGUGUGAAUUGCACACAUUUAUUCAAAAUGAUGCAGGAGAGGGAUCUGCUGGCAAGUGUCCAGGAGAUGUGGAGAGGGAUGAUGAGGAUGAGCAGGGCAGGUUGCCUUGCACAUGUCCCAUAGUGUUGACCUUCACCAUUUUCUAGUGGUGGAACUGAAAUGAAGCUUGUCUAAAAAGGACAUUCAGCAGCUGUGAGUGCAGGUAAUGGCCAGCUUUUCUUCUUUCCCAGGUGAGAAAUGCAACAGUGAAGUGAGGAAAUGGGGUUUCUGAUUAAUUGGAAAACCUUGAAAACAAAAUUCCAACUGCUUUACUGUCACUGCUGAGAGGAUUCAGUUGUGCUGCUUGUUCUGGUUUUCUCAUAAUUGCUACCCCAGUGAGUUCCUGUCUGGUACCACACAGUCCUGAAGGGGCAAGAAGUCUUUGCCAGCAAAGAAACAACUAUUUAGACCAAACCUCUGAAUAAAAUAAUCUCUGAUUGUA